CGCGCGAUCCGGCACUUCUAGUCUCUCGGGCAACAGAAGCGUACUCUCCAUGGCAGCGCUGUCAGCACGCGGAGGGAAUCCCCGAGUUUCGGAUCGCUAGGCUGAGCUGCGUAGUUUUGCACCACCAGCAGCAUCCCUGCACUGCCUUCACUAAAUAAUAAGACGCUCCUAAUGGCCCAAUCGUGACCAAGGAAAGAGGUGGAGGGGCGAAAGUGGCGGCGUGUGGGACAUCUAGUGUGGCAUCCAUCCUAAUCAGGGACAAGCGACUUGACGUUCAUGAGACAGCCACCGAACGAUUUCGAGAUGGCACUGAGUGGGACGAUGCUGCCAUCCAUCUCCACCUUUGCCACUGGAUCACCGGUUAAAGAGAAGUCGGCGGGGCAUGCAGCUGCGAGCACCAGAUGGAAGGAGGAGAUGUCCCAUCUAAAAAGGCCCUGCGCCCCAACCAGUGGAGGGUACCUAGGACAAGAAGAGGACAUGCAAAAUCCAGGGAUCAAGAAGGACCAAGAAUUAUUGCUGGACUAUGACUUUAUACUAUCCAACUCCAUCCACCAGCAGGAACCACUGCCCACCACCUCCAGAAAUGUGGCCACAUCUCCCGUCAGUUACCCCUAUGCACAGCCCUCGCCCCAGGGCUCUUCUGGAGAUGUCACAUUCCCUGCCGAAUCUGCCGUUUUCACCAUUCCUGAUAUCAACGAUGUUUCCCCCUCGGGUGGAUUUGUGGCUGAGCUCAUGAGGACAGAACUGGACGAGGCAUAUUUGCCGCCGACCAGCCUACAUGGGAAAUUUGUACUGAAGACCACGAUGGAUACGGGGGACUACAGUCAGAACAUCAAUGUGAGCAAAAGCAUGACUGGCAUGGACAAUUCUGUGCAUUUUGUCGAGCAAGGGUUCAAGGAAGAGACUCGGAGCACUUGUAGUGUUACGAGACAAAUGGGACUUAUUCCAGGCCAUAGGAACAGCCAAAGAUCACCACUGGAGCCCCACGAUUUUACAUCCAGGCGGUCACUGGCAAAUCCGCCUGUCCCCUCUCUUGCACCAGAGGAGGUCAUGAACAGAGAACGCCAUACCUCACCUCAGGUUUUAAGUCACCCGCCACUGUCACAUUCCCAGGGCUAUCAUGCACCUGCCAACUACCCUCCUUACCAGCAGCAACCGCCACUCCGCUACCAAGGUCAGUUAUAUCUAAGUGUUUUUGAAGAGCCUUUAAACAUUCCCCAUUUGGUUCAAGGGUCGUUGCUGACUCCACCCUCUUCACCUUUAGAGAUCAUCUCUGCAGGGGGCGGCUGCUUGCCAGAAGAACCAAAGGCCAAAAGAGGUCGGCGCUCCUUUCCCAGGAAAAGAAUAGCAACUCACACGUGUGACUAUGCCGGCUGCGGCAAGACCUACACCAAGAGCUCUCAUCUCAAGGCGCACCUACGAACCCACACAGGGGAGAAGCCUUAUCACUGUGACUGGGACGGCUGCGGCUGGAAAUUUGCUCGCUCCGAUGAACUGACCCGCCAUUACAGGAAACACACUGGACAUCGCCCUUUCCAGUGCCAAAAAUGUGACCGUGCCUUUUCCAGGUCAGACCACCUGGCACUACACAUGAAACGGCACUUGUGAUCCGAAGCGACCAAAAAACACGCACUGCCUUAAGACUCUCAUCGCCCACCAUCUUCUGCCAGAGCAAAGGAAAGCUGCAAAAGGGCCUUUCGCCAAAGUCUUAGACCCCCCACCCCAAUGCCCCCCAACCACCACCAUGACUUGUCUUCCCAAGGGUGGCAGCACAGAUACUAAUCAUUCCAAAGACUGGCGGGGGUGGGUUUGGGGGGCUUCCUCACAACUGGAACUCACUCACUCUUUUUUUUUUUUUUGUUUUUCCUCUUUGACAAGACUUGGAAUGCCAGGUGCCAAAGGAUGACUGGAACAAUAUGGAUAUCAGGGCAAAAUCGUUCUUGUGUUUUUUUGUUUUGUCAAUUUACAAAUACUCUAUGCAUUCCUUUUUAGCCUUUAACAAUGCAGCAUACGUUUUAUUUUUGUACUGGGUUAAGAAGGCCGUUAUUUUUUUAAUGUAAUUUUUCAGGUACAAAAUAAUUUAUAGGAUCCUACUGGAUGGUGCUCGGUGACUUAAACAUGUUUGAAGGUACCAAAUGGAAGAGGACUCCACAAUCCUACUAAGUGCCACACACUAAAUCUGAAGGGGCCACGGAAACGUGUCACACGCCCCAGACGUGCUGGCUGAAGGGGCGCAGGACCAGCGUUGAGCAAAAAAACGCCGAAAAGCGCCGUGGUUCCAAUGUGCAAUAACGUGUACAGCCAUUAAACUAGGGUCAGUCUUCAACACAGAACAAAGUAAAACACUUGGACAAUAUGAUUAUGUAAUAUAAUUUGAAAAGUGAUAUCUAGUUUUGUACAUUUGUAAAUAUAUAUAUAUAUA